AUGCCCGAGGAACGCCUCAAUGUCAUUGCGCUCCUGUCUGGCGGCAAGGACAGCUUCUACGGCCUGCUCCACUGCAUCCACCAUGGCCAUCGGGUCGUGGCCCUGGCCAACCUCUAUCCAGCCAGCGACGACUCGCCAGCCGCAGCAACCCGUCCCGUCGACGUCGUCGACCCAGCUGAGCGAGUGGCGGCACCACCCGCGCUGCCGCAGGGAGACGCGCCCGAGGCCGAGCGGGAUCUCAACAGCUUCAUGUACCAGACGGUCGGACACGAGGUCCUCCCCUUGUACGCUGCCGCCACGGGCGUCCCGCUCUUCCGCCAGCAGAUUCUCGGCACCACGCUGCGGCAUGAGCGCGACUACGACUCUGCGGCGGUGACGGCGGGCGAAUCCGGCGUCGCUGGUGACGGCCCGCGAGGCGUCGACGAGACGGAGUCGAUGCUGCCUCUGCUCCGAGCCGUCUUGGCCCGCCAUCCUGAAGCCAACGCGCUGUGCUCCGGCGCCAUCCUGUCCACCUACCAGCGCACGCGGGUCGAGUCGGUGGCCCUGCGCCUUGGCCUUGUGCCGCUGUCGUACCUGUGGAAGUACCCUGUGCUACCGUCGCCGUCUCCCGCGGCGGACGAGGUUCAGCUGCUCAGGGACAUGGCGGCUGCGGGACUCGAGGCGCGCAUCGUCAAGGUGGCGAGCGCGGGACUGGACGAGGGCCAUUUGUGGGAGAGAGUGACGAGCCGCGAGGGCGUGGACCGCGUCAGGGCUGCGCUUAAGAGGUUCGGCGCCGCAGAGGGCGCCGCACUGGGCGAAGGGGGUGAGUUUGAAACCAUUGUGGUCGACGGCCCGCCCGAGCUCUUCAAAAGAAGGGUUGUGGUGCCCGAGAGCGGAAGGAGGGUCGUCCGUGAAGGCGGCGGCUCCAGCUGGCUGGCACUUUGCGACGCUCGACUCGAGGACAAACCCGUCGAGGGCGAGGCGAAAACGAUUGUUCAGGAGCCUCUGCUCAUGGACGCCAAAUUCGAGCGUAUACUGGAGGACGUCGCGUUACCGAAGCCAGAGCGAGGAACGGCAGCGGCAUCGGAGGUUGCGGGUAGGUCAACGUUACUUGGCAGGCUGGGCCCUACUCGUGUACACGACGACGGGCUCCUCCAGCGAGCAUUUCUGGCGAAUGCCGGUGCCCCGGACGACGUCUCGAUACAGGAAGAGACGAGGCUGGUCGUCGACAGCGUGAGGGCGUUCCUAGCUUCCAAGUCGCUGGAUCCUUCACAGAUUACAAACACCAUCAUCAUUCUUCGGGACAUGGCCGACUUCCCCAAGGUGAACGGCGAGUACGGCAAGCUGUUCGUCAAGCCGAACCCUCCGUCACGCAUCACGAUAUCCUGCGGCAGCCUGCUGCCAGCAGGACGCAGCAUCGCGUUAUAUCUCACUGUGCCUGAUGCUCGAGUGGGCCAGGGAAGGGACGGGCUUCACGUCCAGUCUCGAUCCUACUGGGCGCCCGCCAAUAUCGGACCCUAUAGCCAGGCCAUUGACAUACCAGUUUCUUGUGGGCUCGAGGCGACGGGAAUCAGGGCCGUCUACGUUGCUGGGCAAAUACCCCUUUUGCCCGCCUCCAUGUCGUUGCCGCCCCCGUCCGACACGUCGCUUCGGCUGCAGGUUGUUCUCUCCCUUCAGCACCUUUGGAGGAUUGGGCAAGAAUUGAAGAUACAGUGCUGGACCAGCGCCGUCGUCUACUUUGCUCGACCAGCUUCUGCAGAUGAAAUGGAGCGGAAGGCCGAGCUUGCUGGCCAGGCAUGGGCCACCGCCCACGCGCCUCCUGAUGAGGAUGACGAGGCCAAGGGCGGACCCGACCUGUGGGAUCUCAAGUACAACCCGCAAUUCAUGUCGCUGAGCGUCGGGGAGGGACAGAGCACCAAGACACCUUUGCCCGACUGGUCGAUAUUCACAAUGCGCCAGCAGAAUGAGCCGGAGUCUUGCAUUCCGCCCUUAUUCAGCGUGGAGAUUGAAAGCCUGCCGCGCGGAUCCGAUGUCGAGUGGCAUGCACACGUCGGGCUCAAGCAGCUCGGGGAGGGGAUCGCGGAGAUUGUGUACGUCCCCCAAGUCGGAGUAGAGGGAUGGAGAGGCUGGCACACCAUUGUUCAGACGGCGAGCGUGUAUGCCAUUUACACAGUGCUGGCUUUGGGCUCGGGACAAGUGUCGAGCUUCGCCGGGGUGAAAGGAGACCUGGCAAAGGCCUACGCGGGGUCGAUGGUGGGUAUUGGCGUGAACGCCGCUGGACUUCCCACGGUAGACCCUUACCUGAUCUACGCGGACCUGGACCGCGUCGAAGACGCCUGGAAAGAGGCUCAGGGCUCGGCCGAGGGGGGCCAGCCAUUUGCCAUGAUGCCUUGCUUUUCGAUUCGCUCCAUGCGGGGUGAGCGGCUUGGCUGCUUGGCACUAUUCAGAACCGUCCUCGGCGCGCUGGCCUCAUAG